CGUCAUUAAUGUUAGCCUUAGCCUACUGCCACUGUCUAUACCUAGGAUGAACUGCUAAGUUGAGCAUGCUCUGCUGAGGUGAAGGAAGGCUAUUUUAAGGUUAUUCCUGUAAGAGUAAGCUUGGUAUACGAAGGAAGGAACAGGCACGAUUGUGGAACCUGAUACUAGCAUCAGGCAAGAAGAGGAGCGGGGAUUACAGUAGCAGUACAGCAAAUCUUUCUUUGGAUUGUCGACAUUUCUUUACCAUCUCUCAGAGAACCUCACAAACUUCAGUUUGUGUCGAAACGAACCAGGAUUACAAAUACCAGACGAUAUUUCCCUUGUUUCAUCAUUGGUGCGCGGAGGAGAGAACAAAGUUAAAUUCAAUGCAAACAGGUAGAUACUCUUCAGCGGAACUACUACUUGUUGCGUGUUCUCGGAGAUCAACUUGAUUCAUCUGUGUAACAUUGACAAUGCUGUGUUGGGAAUCAAGCUAUUGAAAGCAUUUCCUUUGAGGGAAGAGGUGACUCGUUUGAGUAUCUCUCUGGUAAUCGAACUAUUGUUCGAAGGAGACUCCACGACAGGGAAACAUACAGCAUAAAGCUGGCAGACUUAGAUAACAUUUUCAUCCGAAGCUUCCCCGCUUAUAUUCAGUACCUUCCCUUCACCCAAAGCAGAAGCAUGGCCACGGAGUCCCCCUUCACAGUCAGCCCGCGCGAGGCUGGUCAGAUCGUCCAGAACAUCAACGGUGCUCAACGUGAUGACAACCGACACUGUCACUUGAUGCAUGUGUCAUUACGUACCGUAUAUGGCGAGGGUCACGUCCCUACCACUGCUUUCAAGAAGCUACCUCGUCUCAUCAACGGCAUCCCACUGGGUGCUGGAAGAAUAUGGGCACACGACUCCCAGGAGAUUCGAUGGCGGUACAUUGAAGGACCAGCAGGCCCGCUCCACAGCUUUCUAUCUAUACCGAUGUCCCAGGAGGAAGCUUACGAAUCAAAGCGGGCUUUCCGAGACCGGCUGCUUCAGCAGUCGCAGGCAGUCUUCGGCGAAGUGACGGUCAAGGCGACGAUCAUUUUAUCGCAAUGUCUCAGUUACGAUAGUGACUUCUUCAUCAAUGAUAUUGCUGAUAGUAUAGACACAGGCUUGCAUUUCAAGGAUUAGAUUUAGUUGGAGUAUUAUAUACUUGAGAAAUCCAGAUUUCCUAACUAUUUCCACCGUGUGGCUUUUAGAGGUGUGUGUGUUAGCUUUAUAUCGCGCAAGAGCAUGAAAGCUCGUUGACACAUAUUGACGUCUUCCCUUCUUUUGGGUGAGAGCAUCAGAACUGUACAUUUUUGAUACAAAGGUGAUAAGAAAGCAUUUACAGGGCCUAAGUUGAUUCAUGUUUCAUGUUGAUACUGCUAUCGACUGAGCAGAUUGAGGUUGAACCGAGACAGAUGAAGUUAUACCGGAUGCAUAUAUCAAGGCCUAUCUCUAAAUAUAUAAGCAUUUCUCGUCACGUUUUUUAAUUUCGAUUUCCACAUUCAUUGGACUUGAACGAAUAGUGACUGGGUGUGACUGGGUUUAAUCGACGGGGUUAUUCAUCUUCGUCCAUGGACAUAUAAGGGCAGAAAUUCCAUGGUACAGUAAUUAUGUGAUACCUGGUGAACUGAGGUCAUGGCCGGUGAUCACCAGUGAAUAUUCAAGGCCAGGUCAAAAUCUGUCAUGCCCAGUUUACAAUGUGAUUUACCGUAUCAUGCUUAUGGCUUCGCUAAAUGUAAUAUAUGUAUGAUAGCGUGACAAAAUAUUGUGUUUGUACAUACAUUCUUGAUUGUAUGCAAUGUAAAAAGCAUCUAUUAAAACUGUCACUUAUAUAAGGUGAGGCAUUUUUCUGUUGUGUUUGAAAUAAAUCGUGAUAAAACUAUA